GCUCAAUCGCUCGUCGAUCGCAAUAACAUUCUCGAUGAGCGGAUGAGUAGAGGCGUAGAGCAGCAGAGCACGCGUCAGUGUCCCGUCGACGUAGACGAUGACGAUGAUAAUAGAUGAUAAUAAUAAUAAUAAUAAUAAUAAUAAUAUUGUACAUAAAUACAUAAUAUUAUUUUGAUUUCGCCGCGGCUAGUGGCGACGACAGUCGGCGAAUAUUGCGUGUAUGCGCUCCGAGUCUGGCAGACGGCCCAUCCGUCCAUAGUCAAAGGCCAACAGCUGUUCACUGUCGUCUCCGGUGUAAGUACGACGCGCGUCAUUCGCACUCGUCCAACACUCCAUUAUCCAUUAUCUCUACCGCUGGAACGCAGUAAAAGCUCGUCUCGGCAGAAAACGACGACAUGAGUGUCGAAAACCUCAACAACCAACAGCCAUCGGCUGAUCAAACAGUUUUAGGUUCUUCAAGCAAAAAUAAAAGAUCAAUACUCUAUGAUAAAACAUUUCUUAUUGACAUUGUUGACAAUAUAGUCAGCUCAAAAGUGGAAAAGCUCAUAAAUUCAUAUGGAGGAAAAAUAAUUCAAUCAUUAGAGAAGAGUACAGAUUAUUUAAUAUCAGAUAUAAUACAAAAUGAAGGAGCAAAACGUAGUACCAGUUCAGAAACUAAUAAUUGUAAAAAAGAUAUUGAAGUAAAAAAUGGGCCAUCUUCUAAACGUAAGAAUUCAGUUGAUCUCAUUAAUAAAGCAAAUAUUUUAAAUAUAAAAAUUUUAUCCGCUAAAAAGUUUCAACAUUGGCUCAAGUCUUUAUUGAAAAAACACCGUACCAACAAAAAACCCACAGAUCAAGUUGCAAGUGUACUAAGAGGAAAAGUUAGUUUAAAAAUAGAAUCAAUGGAUCAAAGUCAACGUCCUGUAUUUGAAUUUAUACCAAAGUGGCCAGAUUUAGGUGACGCAUUGUGUAAAAAAAAAACAAAACAUUCGGCCGAACAUAAAUAUAAUGGAGAUAGAAGUGGUGAUGAUUACUCUUCAGAUCAGUACAGUACCUCAGAAAUUGGUGGAAUGUGUGAAUUGUGUGACAUGCCAUUUAUGAAUUAUAAGGAGCAUAUAAAUACAAAAAAACAUAUGAGAGAAAGUCAAGAUGAACAAAGAUUUCAUGAAUUAGACGAAUUAAUUAAUGAGAGGCCUUUAAAUGUUAUAUUUAACCAAUUUAUACCCGAUAAGUCUGAUAAGAAAAUUAACAAAGAUCAAAACUCAGCUCAGAAAACACCUAAUCUUAAAAACUGCAUAGAAGAUACAGUUAUUACAAUAAUUGAUUCCGAUUCAGAUGAUGCUGAACAAAAUAAUGGGCCUUGUUUGUUUGGUGGUAAAGCUCCAAGUGCUUUUAAAGAACAAGCAUCAGAAAGUUUAAAGAGAAAAUACCAAUAUUCUGACACCGAUAUUUCUUUUGUACCUCAAAAAAGACCUAGUAAGAAGUUACAUUCACCAAUACAUGAUGAAAUUAAUUUUUAUAAAAAAACCAAACGGAAACAUAAAACACAUCAAAAGUCAUUGUGUAAGGAUAUAUAUAAAGUGGAAGUUGUAAAUAGCCAUCCAUCAAAUUCAAAUAAUGAUAGAAUUGCGUCUGAUCAACCACCAGUUAUAAUACGUAUCAAGAGAGUACAAAAUUCAAAAAAAAAAUAUCCUUCAAGUGAUGUUGAAAGUCAUAUAACAAUAUCAUCAUCGUCAUCAUCAUCGCCAUCAUCGUCAUCAUCAUCUUCAUCACCAUCAUCAGAUGAUGAUUAUGAUGAUGAUAUCAAUGUGAACAAAAUACCAGAGGAGACUAUACCGGUUCAUAGAUAUAUCCGUGUUGUCAGAAAACCAAGUUUUAGUAAUGAAACUGAAGUUACACCUACAAAAAGCUACACAGAAAGUCAAAUGUUUACAUUUGAACAUCCUGAGUUACGUCGAAAUAUCUAUAAGAAUUGUUCUUACUAUCCUACUUACACUUGUAUCCCUGACACUAAGUCUAGUGUUGAAUACAUUCAGGAAAAGAUAGAAAAUUUAGGUAAUCCUAGUCUAAAAUGUACAUUGUCAUUAAAAGAUUCUUUAAAAGUCAUGUCUAAUAUGGAACCUAAAAAAAUUGGAGAAUGGUUUUAUAAUGUUCCCAAAAAAAUUCAGGAUAACUUAUCAUUCAAUUCCUUGUCAUUAGUUCCACUUACUGAGUUGUCAAAAAUUAAGUCCUUUGUAGUCCCUAAAGGGAAUGUAAAUAAAAGUUCAUCAUCCUCCAGUUCUAUUGAAAUAUUGUAAUUUUAGUUCAUUAAUGUUCCAAAUGGUUUUGUGUCCUAUCUGAGAUCUCUUAAUGUUAUUUUCUUUAGGGAUUAUUUUUAAUUAUUAUAUUGAAUUAUUUUUUUUAUUUGAUGUUAUAUACUCCCUAUUUAUAGGUAAAAAUAACCUUACUUAAUUUAUACCUACUCAAAGUUAUAUCCAAAGAUGUUUAAUUGUUAUUCAGUUCAUUCAUACCAAAUACCAUCUAAAA